AAUGUAAGGACUGUAGACAGGGUUUGGAUGAUUUCUAAUGAGGAUGUGGAAGAAUUCCUGUGUAAGAGUGAUAUCAUGGUGUUCAGGCCGACCAAGAAGGAAUUCAAGAACUUCUCCAAGUAUGUUGAGUAUAUGGAGGAAUGCGGGGCCGCUAAAUGGGGCGUUGCCAAGAUUAUUCCACCAAAAGGCUGGAAACCUUGUCGGGAUAUAAAGAGGAAGCUGAGCCAGAAAAAGUUGUUGAUUGAAAACCCGAUUCUUCAAGAGAUAACCUCUACUCAUUCUGGGAUCUAUCAACAAAUGAACAUAGAGCAGCCGGCGCUUACUGUACAAGACUUCGCAAAAGAAGCACUGAGUGAUCGUUACAAACCACCAGAAGGUUCCCUCGAGUUUCUUGAACAGAGGUACUGGAGAGGAUUGACCUUUAACCCACCUCUCUACGGUGCAGAUGUACCAGCUUCUUUGUACGACACAAACGUCAAGGAGUGGAAUGUGCCGAAGUUGGGGGAUGUGCUGGAGGAGGUGUGCAAUAAACUGAACGUUAAGAUCCCAGGUGUCAACUCUCCUUACCUUUACUUUGGAAUGUGGCGGACCACUUUCCCGUGGCAUGUCGAAGAUAUGGAUCUCUAUUCUAUCAAUUAUUUGCACUACGGGCAACCUAAGUUCUGGUAUGCCAUACCUGAGUGCCAUGCAUCUAGAUUCCAAACUAUGAUUAGAGGGAUCUACCCAGACUUCUUCAAAGUUUGUCCAGAGUUUAUGAGGCACAAAAUGACAAUUGUUUCUCCAAAGAACUUGGCCAGAAAUGGAAUUCCUGUAAACAGGAUGGUGCAACGAGCCGGCGAGUUCAUGAUCACAUUUCCAAACGGAUAUCACUCCGGAUUCAAUAUGGGAUACAACGCAGCUGAGUCCGUAAACUUCGCCCUGCACAGAUGGUUGGACGUCGGAAAGAUUUCGAGAUUUUGUGUGUGUUAUAGUGACACGGUCAGCAUAAACAUGGACGACUUCAUUGAUGAGUACAACUUGCUUUACGAUAAAGAUAUCCAAAAGUUCGUCCGAAAGCAACCUAAGAAAACUAUAGUUACCGCACAAAACGACGAGCUUUUGAAAAAGAUGCGGAACCGACGCAAGCUAGCAGACUAUCGCUCAGAAAACAACACACGUGCAAUAGCGCGGCGCACGCGGCACCGACAAAAGAUGAAGUACAGGAAAAGGAAGAUUAAAAGAUGGAGAAGUAAGAUCCUGUUGAAGAGAUGUGUAAAGAGGGUGUGCUGUAGAAACCUUGUUAUUGACCCUCUUCCUGAUCUUGAUUAUGAGGUAAAGUUUGAAAGUGACGAGGAGGAAGACAGUGGUCGUAUCACCCGAUCUCACAACACCCAACCCUCCCAAGUCUCCAUCAGGAUACUCCCCUCAGACCCCCACUCUCCUAAAUUUACUGACUUCCCUUCCAAAGUCUGGUUCUCUCGAGCCAUGGGUUGUAUUGAGAAGGACUUCACUUUAAGAGGGGAAAAUGUUCCUCUGAGAUCAGUUUACGUUCGACCUGGAAAAGAUAACAGCAUUGAUAAUAAUGAAACUUCUUACGGUCCCUCUGAUCAUCAAACGACCACCUCGCUUAAGAAUAAGAUGGAUUCAGCUAUAAAAUCAGAACCUGAAGAUGCUGAAGAACCGAAAAUAUUUAUUCAAAACAUUAAUUAUCGUGAGAAGCCAAAUGACGUGAAGAUUGAUCAAGAACAGGGAACUCCUGAUAAACCUGAUCAGUCUUCAGAGCCUCAAAAGAAGAAAGAAUCUCGUGUUGAUAUAACUAAACCUGAUUCUCAUGGUGCAGAUAAUAAAAAGAUCACCAAACAGCCUGCUGACAAAGAGAAAUUGAGAAAAAGGAGAAAAAAGAAAGCUUUAGAAAUCAGUCUGGAUCUACCAGAUUCGUUCAUGCUCAGGAACGCUCCUGAUUCUCAGUUUACUGAACUUUCAGCAUCUGAUUCAGGCAAGGAUUUAUCAGAAUUUUCUGAGUUGAUGGAGACGAUAGAAGAGCUGCCGCCUAGAAUCAACAAACGGAGAACGAGGAAAAACAAGGGAGGUCGUCCAAACAAGCUGGAGCAAAUGAAACUGAUGCAAACUGAACAGGAUAGGUUGAAUGAGCAACAUAUGAUAGCUGAAGCUCGAAGAAGGGCAGUAAUGUGGGAGUCCACGGCUCACCUGCAUGUUCCCACUUCCACCGUACCCAUCAUUAACGAAGAGGACGUGUACCAUGUCACUGUUGAAACAUCCGAGGAUAAUAUCCGCAGCAAGAGGGAGAUUAGUCCUGUUGUUAAUAUCAGUGAUAGCAGCCCUCAACCUGAGGGAAACGAGGACACCAAGUCUGACUGGAGACUCUGUAUCAUGCACAAGGUCAAAGCUGAGGACGAUAAACCUACACGAAAAAGGCGUUAUUUGGACCGGAUGAGAAUGAGACCAACGUUCGGCUCCACCGGACCGUACCUCAGUCAGGAUAAAAUCAACGCUAUCGUGGAAGCUGAGUCUUCGGUCAGGAUACAGAAAAACGGCAAACGCAUCAACGUCAAACUUAAAGAUCUCAUCAUUUUCGACAAGAAGAUUAUAGCUUCAAACGUUGAAAACAGGGAUAAGAACGGGAGGUUGAGAGUUAACAGAUGUUCGGCUUAUUCUGGGUUCGAGAGCAUGCUCAAGAUAACGUGGAUAUUUGACCACACUUACUCCACUCCCAACACCCUAGUCAGCCCUGAGAAUGUCGUUACAGUACCUAUUGGAGACAAUCGAUACAAAGUAAUCCACGUGGACAUAGAUAAUCAAACGACGAAGUCUUACACCGGUCGUAGUUUUGUGAACCAACACGCCAAGUGGAGUCCGCGUAUACUGUCUAUGGGCCACAAUAUUAUGGCUAUCUUUAACUACCAAGCUUUCUCUGGGACCGGGUUUACAUUUGACGACACAGCCACCCACCCGGAACCGUCUGUUGUUCGUCACGUGUCUUCUGCACUGUGCCAGAAGAUUCUAGAUCAGCGGCAGCAUAUCCUGGCCCAAAGACAAGAGCGACAGAAAGCAGACCACGUCCGGAAAGCAAAGAAAAGGGGUAGGCCGAGGAAGAAGAGUAAAGAACUUACCCUAGCCGCGCAGCCAACCCCUCCUAUAAUGAUACCCCACACUCAGAUAAUUGAGGAUGAUCCCAAACGGAGGAGAACAAGCCCACCAGUUUUAGAAGAGGUUCAGGGUGACUUUGGGCUGUCUCCUCUACACCACUCUGCCCCACUCCCUGUCCAACUGUCAGUCCCCCAUCCUGCAGCUCCAUAUCCUGCUCCAUAUCCUGCUUCACAUCCGGUAUUCAACUUAAUGUCCACCGUCAGCUGUCCAGGGACCAGGAACCUCUUCCCUUCCCCUCGACUACAGCUAAAGAUCAAGUCAGUCCAGUCCGUCUCUCCGGCUCCACCGGGAAAUCCCACUUUUGAUCUCCGCCCUCCGUGUCGGCCCCGCCCCCAAUCAGACUACAACGUUGCAUCGCACCAAGUCGUCCGAACCAGCAUUCCCCAACAGCAGAUAAUCAGCCUGGAUCAGUUCAACUUCCCAGUCUCCGCUGCUAACAGUGGGGUUUCUUCAAAAAGGCGAGCUACUGCCAAGCCUCCUGCCAAGAGCAAGAGCAAGUUUGCUAUGUAUGAUUUCAGAGAGCCUGAUUCUCUUCCGCCGGGAAGUUCCCAAUUUGGUGCGGAUUUCAGUAAGGGCUGUCUGGUAAAUCAGAUUACCAACCAGCUUACCAACCAGAUACAUGCGACCCCAAACGUUAAUCUUAACCUUAGACAGGUCCAGACACAUAUCGAUCAAAUGAGAGAACAAUUACCGAUGACUACGAGCACUAACUUGGUCGUUGGAUCAGAUCACGGAAGAUCAGAUAUCAUGACCCCUCAAAAAUUGCCAGCCAGUACUUGGGACAUGUUUCCGGGUACCCAAUCUGAGCGAGCUAUAAAAGUCCGGCGAUUUCUAGAAUCCGCGUCUGGCAACAGCGAAAUGCGCGGUGACGCUGUUCUGCAUCGAGAUAAUGUUAAUACCAAUAAUCUGAGAAUAAACCCUGAUUAUAUGCGGACUAUCUCGAGUGAAGGGAGCGGUUCAGCGCAACAUGACAUUCGUAGUAUUGCACCACAUGACAUUAGAACUGUUGUACCACAUGACAUUAGAACUGUUGCACCACUUGAGGGUAUGAAAAACAUUCCAACUCCCGAAAAUGUGAGCGAGGAACAUAUACAGUGGUGUUUGAAAACGAACAAUGUGGACGAUUUCAGGGUUUGGGAUGCUGCCAACAACCUACCGGUGUAUAAACCACCUUCAGAACGGGUACCGAGUGUGUUCCAGUUUGAGACUGACAACUCUAAUAAAAACCUUGACAUCUUACUGGACUCAAAACAGAACAUGGAGAAAUUGUUAUAUGAACCUCUUCAUCUUGAUGAAGGAGAGCAGUAUAAAAGAAUGAGAGAAAUUUCAGUCGACAUCCCUACUCCGCAACCUAUGGUCUGCAUGCCACCUUCUGUUCAGAGAAGGGAGGAGUGGAGGAAACUGAGAGAACAAAAACUGGCUGGAGUUCCGCCUCCUGCUGAUGAUGAGAUUCAAGAGAUCGUGACUAUUUACAAUCCUCCCAAUACAUUUGACGUGGGGUUAGAUCAGAGGAAGAGUCAGAACGGGAUCUCGCCAGGAACUGUGCGGUUAUCCGAGGAGGCGUCAACGUCCAACUCUAUGAGAUAUAUUCCUGCUCCGCUUUCUUGCCUCAUGCCUAGCCCUGACAGCGCAGAUUUUCAGUUAUAUAGGAGCAACUUUGAGAAUAGUCGAUGAUAUGUUUUGUUUUUAUUCUUAUAUUUGAUUUUAUGUGCUGGAUAAGUUAUUGUAGCAACUGAUUUAACAGAGGUUGUUUUUAAUAUUUUUAUAUAUUUUUGGCUCACCAGCUUUAUUUUAUACAGAUGUAUGAUAUGUUUGACUAUAUAUAUAGUAGUUCACAAUUUAGGCGAAAUUUAGGUUUGUUCAGUUUCUAUAAUAGUUUGUUGACAACACAGCAUUAUAGUCGACAUUGUUUACGGGGUAGGAUGUUUCAAUUUCAAAUAACGCUGUUAAUGUUAUACGCUCACAAGUCACAACACACAAUUGUCAAGUGUAUCGUCCAAGAUAACUAAAAGGUCACGUGGGAGCCCCACAACCAGCUGUCACACGAAACACACCGAAAUUUUAAUCAUCAACAGUAACACAUCAUGAUCAUCCCCUACGAAGGCGAAGUCCUGCCAUAAUAUAUAAGGGGUCGUUCACAUAUUACGUAAUCACUUGAAUAUGACCCAUUUUUAACAUAACGUAACAUGUGAAGUGUGAACGACCCCUAACCGCUCUUACUCUUACUCUUAGCUAUGAAUGGAUUUUUUAAAAUAAUUUUGUAUGAUCUCUUGCAGUCUGAGUCACGGUAACUUUUGAAUUUCACGAGUUUCUUUUGAAAUUGAAUUCAAUUUUGAAACGAAUACAAAA